AUGGACAUAGUGGGCCCAUUAGAAAAAUCGGCACGGGACCACCGAAACGCACUAGUCAUCCUUGACUAUGCCACGCGGUAUCCAGAGGCCAUUCCUUUAAGAAACCCCACAUCCAAGGCAAUAGCAAAGGAACUACUACAGGUAUUCACCAGAGUGGGCAUCCCUAAGGAGAUCCUGACAGACCAAGGAACCCCGUUCAUGUCAAAGCUAAUGAAAGACUUAUGUGCCCUGCUCCGCAUCCAGGCCAUACAGACCUCAGUCUACCAUCCACAAACAGAUGGACUGGUCGAGCGAUUUAAUCGUACCCUUAAAAGUAUGAUCCGGAAGGUGGUAGCACAGGAUGGAAAAGACUGGGAUACCCUUCUACCGUAUUUAAUGUUCGCUAUACGGGAAGUCCCCCAGGCGUCCACGGGUUUUUCUCCCUUUGAACUAUUAUAUGGACACCACCCAUGCGGGAUAUUAGAUAUCGCCAAGGAAGACUGGGAGGAACAACCCAACCCAGGAAAGAAUGUCAUUGAGCACAUGACACAGAUGAGAGAGCGAAUAACUCGAGUAACUCCGAUAGUACGGGAACAUUUGGAAAAAGCACAAGAGGCCCAGCGGACAUAUUACAACUGUCGGGCGAAAGAACGGAGAUUUCAGCCAGGGGAACGGGUGAUGGUGUUAGUGCCGACAGCAGAAAGCAAACUUCUAGUCAGCUGGCACGGACCAUAUGAGAUAGUGGAGGCCAUUGGGGAAGUGAACUAUAAGGUGGAGGAGUUCAAGCUGUGCUGCCAGCGCUGGCUGGGGGACAUCGUCCUGGUGCGGCUCCACAAGGAGCCCUACUCCUUCUACCCCACCGACAACUGGUACUGCAGCUUCGUGGAGGUCGUCUCCCCCCACGGCCAGACCUACCGCUUCCCCUGCUACCAGUGGGUCGAGGGCUACCGCACGCUGGAGCUGCGGGAGGGCAAAGGCCAGGUGAUUUGCAACGAUGCCGAUUCCCCGUUGCUGCUGGAGCAGCGGCAGGCUGAGCUGACGCACCGACGCGAGUGCUAUGGGUGGAAGGAGUUUGCUCCUGGAGUGCCCCGGUGCCUGGACGUGGACAACAUCAGUGACCUGGACUCUAACUCCACGUACUCCUUAACCAAGAGAACCAACUUCCUGCUGCGCGGGGUGAUCGCGAAGGUGGAGCUGCAGCUGAAGGGUUUCCUGAGCUGCACCAACUCGUGGGCGAAGCUGGACGACAUCAACAAGGUUUUCUGCUUCAACAAGACCCCGAUCACAGAGUACGUGCGGGCGCACUGGCGAGAGGACACAUUCUUCGGGUACCAGUUCCUGAACGGGGUCCACCCCAUGGUGAUCCGGCGCUGCACGGAGCUCCCCUGCAACUUCCCCAUCACGCCGGCCAUGGUGGCCUCCUCCCUGGGGGAGAGCAGCAGCCUGCAGGACGAGCUGGAGAAGGGGAACAUCUUCCUCGCUGACUAUAAAAUCCUGGAGGGCGUCCCGGCCAACACGAUCAACGGCUACCAGCAGUACAUCGCCGCGCCCCUCUGCCUGCUGCACCUGCAGCCCUCCGGGGAGCUCGUCCCCAUAGCCAUUCAGCUCAGCCAGUGCCCAGGCCCCGACAGCCCCAUCUUCCUGCCCAGCGACUCCGAGUGGGACUGGAUCCUGGCCAAGACCUGGGUGCGCUACGCCGAGUUCCUGGUGCACGAGGCCGUCAGCCACCUGCUGCUCACCCACCUGAUCGACGAGGCCUUCGCCCUGGCCACCCUGCGCCAGCUGCCCAUGUGCCACCCGCUCUUCAAGCUGCUGCUGCCCCACACCCGCUACACGCUGCACACCAAUGUCAUGGGCAGGACCCUGCUACUCAGACGCGGAGAGAUCAUCGAAAGGGGCAUGGGCUCGGGGAUCGAGGGGACCAAGGUGCUGAUGGCCAAGGGCAUGUCCUGCCUGACCUACAACUCCCUCUGCUUCCCUGAUGACAUCCACGAGCGCGGGGUUGACUGCAUCCCCAACUACUACUACAGGGAUGAUGGGCUGAAGAUCUGGUCGGCCAUUGAGAGCUUCGUCUCCGGCAUCGUCAGACACUAUUACCGCAGCGACGCCCAUGUCCUGGCCGACUGCGAGCUGCAGGCCUGGGCAGACGAGAUCUUCCAUGAAGGCUUCCUGGGGAACGAGGCAUCUGGCUUCCCCUCAUCCCUGCAGAGCAUCCCCGAGCUCAUCAAGUACCUGACCAUGUGGAUCUACUGCUGCUCGGCCCGGCACGCCGCCCUCAGCAACGGGCAGUACGAGCUCGGCGCUUGGAUGCCCAACUUCCCGUCCUCCAUGAGGAACCCCCCGCCCCAGGCUAAGGGCACCUCCUCCCUGGAGAGCUACCUGGACACCAUCCCGGAGGUCAACAGCACCAGCAUCACCAUCUACACCCUCUGGGUCCUCUGCUGCGAGCUGGGGGACUCGAGAUCCCUGGGCACGUACCCCGACGAGCACUUCACAGAGGAGGAGCCCAAGCGGCUGAUCGCAGCCUUCCAGGGGCGCCUGGCCCAGCUCUCCCAGGAGAUCCAAGAGAGGAACAAAUCCCUGCCAAUCCCCUACCGCUACCUGGAUCCCCAACAAAUCGAGAACAGCACGUCCAUCUGA